CCAGAAGGAUAUAAGGUCCCGAUUCCUGGGGAGCAGUUCUUAGUCAGGUGGCGUUCCGGGAAAUUGAAAAUUUAUUGCAAAGAAAGCACCUUGAAAGGCGAGCCUCGGAUUCUCAAGGAAGGAGAAAUCCGUCACCUAACUGAGCACCAAAUCAUGUUUGAGGUGGAUACACAAAACAUUACUGAGAAUAAAUUCAACCUACACAUCACCCUACAACAGAAUACAACGAAGGAGCUCAUCGUUGCAAUGUCGUUAAAAGCUACGGUGAUAUCAGAGGGAGGAGCUUGUUCACCAUCAACGAUAGCGACAUCAUCCCCAUCGGCUGACAGUCAUCCUGCAGAAGUCAUACAUUCUGGUUCUACCUCUGAAAAAAGAGAAGAGUCUGAGAAGGAUUUCGAUGACAUUCUGAGGGAAAUUGCUGAGCAGGUCAACAAGAGACAGGAGGUCGAUAAUCUUGGCAGAAAACUGGAAUUUCAUCCAUCAAAAAUAGGACCAUACUUAGAGAAUAACAGGAAUGCAUCAUACAUGGGUACGCUACAGAUGCUUCGUGAUUGGAGGAAGGAUACCAAGAAAUCAAAAGAACGCGAAUGGUUGAGAAAAGCCCUUAUUGACAUCAAGUACGUUCGUUUGGCUGACGAGCUUCUGCCUGAGUGCUGAUAAACAAAAGUGAUCCUAAUCAAAAUGCGAGUAAUAAAAAACUGAAUUAUUUGUACUAAAUGUAUCGAUUUAUUGGAAUUAUCGUUAUACAGUGCGUAUAAAAAAAAAGUUUACACUUAGAAAAAAUCCUGUAAAAUUAUAUAUUUGUAAUAUCCUGACGAUUUUUCCACAUUUUAGCAUUGGUACAGAUCCAUUUAAGCAAAUGACGAUAUAACUGUCGACAAAUAUUUCCGCUUGAGUGAGCACCACUUACUUUUAAAAAGUUAGUGAAAAAUGAUUUGCGCAACACUUUGAAAUAGUUAUGGGAAUAAAAGUAUACCUUAAUCUCGAAGAACACGUGGAAAUUAGUUAGUAAAAUUGAUUUGAAGAUAUCUUUUACCUUUUUAAACUUGUUUCCUUGCCCAAACACUUCGAAGAGUGCAUUGCGCCCCACCCAACUCCCCCACACACCGAGUCCAUCAUGACGAUAUUUGCUUUACACUGACCUUUGAUUUACAUGAAAUGGCUUAGGCUUGAUUUUCAUUUUGUAAAUCAUUGCCAAGCUUCGGAAAAGUGUGGAGAAACAAGUAUUAAAUGAAAAAUGAAAUGUAAACCAACUUUAAAUGAUAAAAACUUAGUGAAAAAUGCUGGAGAUGUCUGAUAUAAACUUUUGUUCAGAUUCAGUUAUGUCCUCAGAUCCAGCUGGCACAAAAAGGGUAAAGGUUGUGCUUACUAAGUGUUGAAAUUUCAAAUUUUGGCGGCAAAAUUGUUACAAAAUGCUUGAAUGUAUCCGUUUUAUUUCAAUUGGCUAAAAGUGCUAAGGAAAUUUAUGAGAAAUGCUUCGCAGGGUAAGUUUCAUUUCGCCCUUUCCCCUUGACACAGCGUGAAAACAAGCAUUUCUGCGCAAAUAGAUUUCUGCGAGCUUUACAAAAAUGGACAGUACUCACUCAAGUGUAACAUUCUGUCAAAACUUUUACUUUCAUUGGAUAGAUGAGACCCAAACCCAUAAUUAUAUGUUAAAAAAUAACCCACAUGUUGUAUAUUUUUUAAUUCCCAGGGCUUUUUCAAAGUGUAAACUUUUUUUUGAUACGCACUGUAUAGUAGCAAAUCUAAAAGUCUAUAAUUUCCAAAAAAAUUUCAAAUUGUAGAUUCAGCCUCAAAUCAACUGGAUUCCUACAUAUUUAAUGGUUUCUAUGCCAAACAGAUGAUAUUUCAAGAUGCACACGGUGGUUAAGAGCUGAUAGAAGAGGCGUAUGGUUUACCGAGUGAAUUAAAAAGGACUGUUUGGAUGGUAAAAUGAAGAUGGAAGAGAUUUAGGCACUGAAGAAAUAAACAUAUAUAGUUAAAACAUUUGGAUUAUCCACGACACAAGAUUGUAAACAGCUUUUUUUGCAUUAAUUUAACGCUAAAACCGUCGGCGUUGAAUCCACCCGCCCUCUCGACAUUUUCGGCAACUAUUCCGAGCUCGAUGACCUUUUACUUAAAUGUCUUGUGCAUCUUUUGAGACCAAAUUUACAUUGAAAAUGACAAUAAAAAAUGAAACUCAUAUUUUAUUGUUCGAAAGAGACAUGGAAUGAAAUAAUCCCAAAAUUUGCCCAAUUGAUCGUGGGCCCAACAGUCGCUGUACAACGCCAGAUCGAACAGAUUGAACACCAAACAGGGUAAAUGAGGGUAGGAGCAACUUCCACCUUUUAACGUCUUUUGGUCUGAACUCCCGGGUAUGAUACGGACUCUCUACCAGGCGCUCUACCAACACUCUAAAAACAAAUCAGUCAAAAAUGACUAGUUAAUAGGGUCAGCGGGGUGCAACUGCUAUUCUAGUCAUAUUUGACUAUUUUCUAGUCGUAUUCUACUAGAACAGAGUUAUUUCUAACUAGAAUAUAUGUCAGAAAUGUGACUAGCAUAUCAGUUGCACCCUGCUGACUACUUGUCUAGUCAUUGUGACUGAUUUUUUUGAGAGUGAACUGAUGAUGACAUCAGUUGGCUCUACUAACUGAACGAGGCCAUGUCUGAUUUAUAUACGAUGUUAUUUAUUCGGAAUGUUAUAUUGUUUUUGUAUUCUAUUCAUAAUUAUGUGAAAUAUGUAAAAUAAAGUCAAAUCAAAUAAACUGAGCCAACACACCGGUCUAUGCCCGGAUAUGCGGUUGAAAAUAUAUUUAGUUUGCAUUAUUUAAGAACGCACGUAAAAUAAUUUUCCAGUAAUUUUGUAUUCAGAACAUUAUUGUGUAUGUAUGAUUAUGCUGACGUAUACGAAAUAAAGUAUUUCCCAAUACAUCGCAACUGAAUAAUUUAUUGUAUGUAUGUACUUUGAGUAAUAGGUGAACAUUGACAAUGUGGUAACCAAAUUAUUAUAUUCAGAUUGUCUAAACUAUUUCGCCCAGUCAUCGAUGAUACAAGAUCCUGAAUAUUUUUUGUCAUUAAUUUUAAAGGUUUUAGAGCAAAUAUUAGGUCCACCAUUCAACCUUGGACGUAUUCAUUAUAUUGUAUACCCAGAGAAGUGUGUUGUAUUUGCUUUAUGUUGCAAGAAGCCGAAAUAAAAAAAAUCAGCAAAUGUGUAGAUAUAGGUGUAAAUGAAAUGAAAUUUUCACUAUGUAAUAUGUAUAGUUGUGCUCAUACUAUGUAAUAUGUAUAGUUGUGCUCAGAGGUCAGUGAAACCCUCCAGAAAGUCAACAUAUUAAAAGUUCUGCAAUGUAGCUUUGAAGUCAGGUGAUACAAUAUUGCAUUCAAUAAACAUGAUAAAGUUUGUUCCUAUAUGGGCUCCCCAAACAUUGUAAUAUCAUUUAUAUUCAGCACUCUGCAUGAAGGAGUGUGUUUCAUGGUGGGGAUCGUUAACUUCAGAACAAAACUGGGUUUCAAUUAUUGGGUAUCUCCACUGACUAUGAGGUUAAAUCAAGUAUUGCUAUAUCCAAAAAUGUACAUAAUUCUUUUUUCGCAAUAUUACGACGUUUUUACUUUGUUGUUCCAAUGUACAAAAAGUCAACAGCAUGACAUGUUAUUUCUCCAUUGUAGGUGUUACUUAUUGAUGUAUAAUGUCAAUCAAAUUGUAUAAGGAGAUAUAUCUUAGUAUAUUGAGAGUGAGGUUCCGAUGGAGGUGCUGUGGCCGAGUGGUCUAAGGGGCCUAACUAUAAACAGGAAAGUCCCGGGUUCGAUCCCCGGUCUCAGCACCUAUGCCUGUGAGCAAGGCAUUUAAUCGACGAUGCUCUUUUGUCUUUCAUUCAAAUAAAUGGGAAUGCUUUAUGCAUUCUUGAUAGAUAUGUGUGCACUGUUUUGAGACUGAUAUACUUCUAUCAGGUUUCUAAAUUUUCUAUAUCGCGAAUCCAACUUAUACGAAUAUAUAUAUAUAUAUGUAUAUUCUUAUUUCGCAAUAUUACGACGUUUUUAUCAGUUGCUGAUGAACCCUCAGGCGGAAACAGUCUGUACAACUAAAAUCUAAGCAACUCGCUCCACCCUAUUACUAUACUAUAUAUAUAUAUAUAUAUAUAUAUAUAUAUUGUGUAAAUGAUAUUUAACCAGAUUAUGCUAGGUUUGUCUUUGGAAUGGAUAUGUCUGCACUUUUUUUAUACUGAUAUCCUUCCAGCGGAUUUCUCAUUUUUUACAUCGCGAUUUACACGAAGAUAUUUUUUUGUGGAAAUGGUAAUGAAGUGCCUGUUCUAUGCCAAGUUUUUCUUAGAAAUUAAUGCUUUAUGUAUAUUAACUAAAGAGGAUAUUUGUUGUUUUUAUCAUGGAUACGUUAUAAUUACGAUUAUAUUGCAGUGAAUGAAGAUAUUAUUAGUGUAAUUUGAAUAUACGUAGUUUAAUAGCUCAUAUAGGACCCAAUAAGAUAUUACUUAACAAAAAAAAGAACAAUGACAAUACUCAGAAAUGUAUAAAGUUUAUUAUUUUCGGGGUCACGCGAAAUAAAAUGUUACGAUUAAGAAAAUAAAAAAAAAUUCUAACUCUGGGUAUAGUUUUCAACCAAUACUGUGUAGAUUUCACCCAAAGCACUCAUUAUUGGUUUAAAACUACCCAUAAUUGGAUAAAGUUUUAACCAAUUGUUGUGUGGACAGUAUGUUGCCCAACAUUUUUAAGAGUAUACAUUAUAAGAUAUGGUACUACAUUACUGAUAUUGUAGUCAGUUACGUUUGGCAGGCGCCCGUAUGAAUGUGUAUAUAGAGACGUCUUGUGAAAAUGUAUGUAUAUCAUACAAAUUAAAAAUAGGUGUAUUAGUAAGAAUAUUAAUAUUUCUUACGUACAAUUUAUAUCAAAAUUUACAUGUAAGUACGCACACUUUUAUAUUACCUAUUCACAUACCUAUCCAUGCACACACACAUGCACACACACAAGCACGAAAUGGCGAUGUUAGAAAUGAUGUUUAGAGCUAAUAAUUAUACAAUAAUUAUACAUUGUAUAUUCAAAAGGUAUAACAGUAAUUUAAAAUACUUGGUAUUGCUAUAUGGUAAAUGAUGUUAUAUAUAAACCCCUCCAAAAAAGUUUGGAAAUCUGUAUUUGGCCAUUAAUAUCUCCAAACUCCCAAUUUUACACAAUGCAUAUUUGAUAUCAUUCAAACGAUCAUUUAAUUUUCUUUAAAAUGAUACCAUGCUUGUUAUGAUCAUGCCAUCGCAAAAAGAGCAGGAUUCAAAAGUUUUGGGGGAGGUCUGAAUUGAAAAGCUGCAAUACGAGCAGAAAUAGUCAUGAAGGGUCAAUAAAGGACAUUAUUCUUUUGUCUGUGUCAAUAGAGAUGAAAAUCCA